UGCUCUCAUUCAAGCAUGAAUUCUAAAAAUUGACACUUAUUCUACGAAAACGCUCACCGUCCUAGCGAGAACGACUUUGUGAGUAAGCAGUGUCAGCGAAGUUUAUAAUUUCCUUUAAUACAUUACAAGCAAAGAGCAGUGGAUAAAAAGUCUUAACCGCCAGACUUCACUCUCAAGUACUAAGCAUGGAUUGUCUUGUUGAUGAGYACAAGUACGAUCUUGGAUGCUUGGCACCAGCUAUUUUCAUCAUCGCUGUUUUGAGCUUCAUGAGGAAGAGAGUUCAACUGAAGCCUGAUUUAUGGAAUGGACGUCCAGGACUACCAGUCCCUGUGGAUUUUCUAGGCGAUGAAAGGAACAGAUUCAUCAUACCAUUUGCCUUUGGCGCAACUGCCGCUUCUUCCUUAAACACGUUUUUCGGUGCAUCUGCUGCUUCAAAAGACCUUCAAGGAUCCGCUUGGUCAAAAGCUUUUCAAGGAAUACUUAUGACCAUGCUAUAUGGCAUCAUCAACUAUCCAUACCUCGCUUGUCUUAAUGCUGAAUACAAGAUCAUUGGAUACGCAAUGGGGCUGCUUUACUCGUUCGUAAGAUUUGUUGUAGAUUUGUUUGUGUACUUUAAUUACUUGGACUGCACUCUGGGCGAAGAAAAUAAACAGCGAUUGAAAAAACUGAACAUCGAGUACAUAAUGUAUGGGGGAAUCUUAACCAAUAUACCUGUGGUUGUCUGCACUUUAUUUCUCGUUGGAAGCUACUCCGUACUGUUGUUUAAGGAAAUCAAGAAACUUUGGGUUCAAGAGCUUCCAAAUUUUCGAUAUGUGCUCCAAAAAGAAGAAACAACAAACAUUAACCUGGCCGGGAAAACAGAGAGAGCUCAUGUUUAUCUUCUGUUUUCUAAUCAACUACACCAGGCAGGGAAAAGAUCACCUAACCAAAAUGGCACCUGGUAUGAUUCACUGAAGAAUUGGAUAUACGUCACACGCCCAGGUGGGCUGUCAUCUUUCGUUGUGUCCUGUAUAUUUGUUUACCAGGUGACAGUUAUGCUGUUAAUAUUAGUACCAGUUAUGAUCUCAACUCUAAAAGCAGGGACAGAAGGAAAUACUGGUCUGAACGUGGCUAUGGUUUUACAAGUAUUUCAAGACUACAUUAUUACAUCUGUGGUGUUCGCAUGUCUUUUUGCAAUAAUGCAACUGGGUUUUUUCCUGAGAAGUCACAGAAAUGAUGUCCUCACGACAUAUAGAACGAGAACGGGGCUGCUACCAGAUGAGAUUCUUCGACCAAAAAUGCUUGUUGGAAAGAGUCUCCGCUUUUGUGGAUACCAGAUUGCAUUUACCGCUGUAGGUUUUUUUGUCAACGUGAUUUCUAUAUUUUUCCUUCUUUUGCCAAUCUUCAUUUGUCAUCUUAUAUCCAAGCAUUAUUCUACCGAUGUAGUCUUAUCAUUGAUUAGAUAUAUGAUUCUAUGGAUCCUGCCACUCAUCAUCACUCCCAUAUUGGUUUGGAUAUCGCUGAUUCUUCUAUCGCAUUUCGUAUUCAAAGACCGCACCUACCCAGAUAUUUCGAUUACCGUCAACAACAGGCGCCUGUUCGGCAUCGUGUCGUAUUUCUUCUUCUUCUUCAACAUCCUGGUCGGCUUAUGGUCGGGCUUGCUUCGUGUUGUGAAAGGAGCAGUAAUUGUAUUGGUUUUUCUGCCUCGAGUAGAUCGUACCACUAUGAUGAAAGGAUAUCGGAGAUUCGACAAAGCUUACAUGGCCUACAUUGGAUUCCUUAGUGUACUUGUGGCUUUCAAACACCCUGUCAUGCUAUGUUUCUGUCAGUUGCUUCUUGAAGGAGUUCGCAGAAGAGAAAGAGGUCAAACGACCAUCGCUAGCAGGCCUCGUGUUUCUGGCAAGGCCUUGAACCGCUGGUUUCUUGUCGUGCUGCUCGUGCGUAACCCAAGCCUCGUGCGUUACCGUAAACAAGGUGCCCGUAUUGUUUUAAAGUUGCCAUCCACAAGUGACGUGAAGCUUGAGAUGCCUCCAAUUGUUUUGGAAGAUACAUUUCCACCAGCAGAGCGUUUGAAGAGUCUGGAAGUCUAUUAGUCUCAUUUGUACAUGAAUGCCAUAGUCAACAAUGUUUGCAAAUCAUGUGCGCAGUUUAGUUGAGGGAGUUUAUUUGUAACACUUAAGUUUUAGAUUAUUGCUAGUUAAAAAUAAAAAGUUUUAGAAUUAAAAA